GCUCAUGGCGGGCCCCGAGGAGGGCGCCGAGGAGGGCUUCUACCAGCGGUUCGCGGACGAGCUGGAGGUGCUGGCGGAGCUGGGAGAUGUCCCAUCUCCACCCGCCGGCCCCAAAAUCUCCCAGUUCCGGAGCAGGAGGCAGCUGCCGGAGGAACCCGAACCCCCCGCGGACCCCGUCGGGGGCAGCAGCCCGGGUGGCACCAACCCCAGGAAGAGGGAUCGGGACCGGGAUCGCAUCCCACCCGCUUCCCCGGCACUGCCCGGAGCCCGCAGUAGGUUUCUCCCAAGCCGGGUCUGCGGCCCCAGGAGGCCCCCAAGCGCCGCUGGCCCCUUUCCCCCCUGCGCGGUGGAGGGUGCCGGGCACCGCCCUUUGGUCAGGGAUGUUUCUCCUGUCCCGGUGUCUGUCACAGCCCCGAAGCCGAAGCGGCAGCGCCUGGAAGCUGUUAAGAAGCUCAACUUUGGUGCAGACGAUGAGUGGGCUCCUGAUGAUUUCCAAGAUGCUUGCCAAGAGGCAUCUUCUGCUCCUCAGACUGCCAGCUUGGGCCACCUGGAGCUGAGUGGCAUGGUGCCCCUGCAGACCACACCACCCUCUGAGAAGAAGCGGGUCCUCAAGCGGCCACCCAUCCUGGAGGACUACGUCCAUGUGACAUCCACCGAGGGCACCAGGGUCUUCAUGGUGGUGAAGGACGAUCCUUCCAGGACAGGAGUGGAACUCCCUGACUCCCUGGGCUGGAAUGCACGCAGGCCACUCCACUUGCUGGGGGUGCCUUUCUCCUACCUGAAGGAACAAGUGGAUGAGGAGCGUCGAAGGCACGUUCUGAAGGCAUCAGAGCAGCUCACGGAGAUAAUAAGCAGUUGCCUGGAGAGCGAGACCAGCACCGAGGGCCCGGAGCCCAGCGGGGAGGUGGCACCAGCAGAGGAGGAGGAGCUGGGGCUGCAUUGCCUCUGGGUGGACAAGUUCACCCCCCGGCGCUACAUGGAGCUGCUCAGUGAUGAUUACACAAACCGCUGCCUUCUGAAGUGGCUGAAGCUCUGGGACACGGUGGUGUUUGGGAAGGAGAAGGCUGUGAAGAAAGCCAAGGCUGAUGCUCAUCCUCCAUUCAACAAGCCCAAGGAGCAGCAGAAUAAGUGGAAAACAAAGGUUCAGCUCAUGGAGGAGAUUUUGGAAGCUGAGCUGGACCAGUACAAGAGACCUAAAUACAAGGUAGCCCUGCUCUGUGGCCCUCCUGGCUUGGGGAAGACCACACUAGCCCACGUCAUCGCGAAGCACGCGGGGUACAACGCUGUUGAGAUGAACGCCAGUGACGACCGCAGCCCCGAGGUUUUCAAGACUCGCAUCGAAGCUGCCACCCAGAUGAGGUCUGUGCUGGGCGCCAACGAGAAGCCCAACUGCCUGAUCAUCGAUGAGAUCGACGGCGCGCCCGCGGCAUCUAUCAAUGUGCUGCUAAACAUCAUCCACCGUAAGGACGGGGAGGGCGAGGCAGGGGCUGGCCCGGGGCGGCGGAGGCGGCGCGAGGGUGGCCUGCUGCUCAGGCCCAUCAUCUGCAUCUGCAACGACCAGUACGUCCCUGCCCUGCGGCCGCUGCGGCAACAGUCCUUCCUGCUCACUUUCCCCCGCACGGCACCGUCCCGGCUGGCCCAGCGGCUCUGUGAGAUCGCCCUGCAGCAGGGCAUGCGGGCGGACACGGGAGCGCUGCUGGCGCUGUGUGAGAAGACUGACAACGACAUCCGCUCCUGCAUCAACACCCUGCAGUUCCUGCAUGGCCGAGGUCAGAAGGAGCUGAACGUGCAGAUGGUGCAGACAAUGAGGAUUGGCUUGAAGGACCAAAACAAAGGGCUCUUCUCCAUCUGGCAAGAAAUCUUCCAGCUCCCAAAGGUCCAAAGACACAGGAUAGGAAUGGACCCUACUUUGACAACCCAGCUCCUGGUGGGUGAUGAGGACCUGUUGCAUCCUGGGGGGACAGCUGGCUUCAACCAAUCCUCUCACCGCUUCCACCAUGUCCUGCACCUCGCUGUCUCCUCAGGGGAGCAGGAGAAGCUGGCCCAGGGUCUGUACGAGAAUUUCCUGAACAUGAAGGUGCGGGACUCCAGUUUGAGCUCGGUGUGCUUGGCCCUGGAGUGGCUGGGCUUCUCUGACCUGCUCAGCCAGGCUGUUCUGCACGGGCAGAGCUUCCAGCUGAUGCGGUACCUGCCCUUCCUGCCCGUGGCUUUCCACCUGCUCUUCGCAGCCACCCACGUUCCCCGCCUCGCUUAUCCCAGCAGCCACCACGAUGCCCUGGCCAAGCUGCAGCACAUGCAGAACCUGGUGGUGUCCAUGGUGUCGGGGAUAGCGCCCAGUGCCCGCAGCCGCGCGGGGCAGCAGUCCCUUGUCCUGGAGGUGCUGUGCCUGCUGCUGGACAUCAUCGCCCCCAAGCUCCGGCCGGUGAACACCCAGCUCUACAGCCUGAAGGAGAAGCAGCAGCUGGCAGACCUCAUCAGCACCAUGCUGGCCUACAACCUCACCUACCACCAGGAGCGCCUGCCCGAGGGCCAGUACGUCUACAGGCUUGACCCGAACGUGGAGGACGUGUGCCGGUUCCCGGACCUGCCGGCUCGCAGGCAGCUCAGCUACCAGGCCAAGCAGCUCAUUGCCAGGGAGAUUGAGCUGGAGAAGAUGAGGAGGACAGAGGCUUUGCUGCAGGCAAAAAACCUGGGCGAGGAGCCCAGGAGCAGCCUCAGUGAGAGGGAGAAGCAGGGGAACACAGGGCCAGCCAUGCCCCCCAACCACCAGCAGCGCCUGGAGCACAUUGUCCAGAGGGCGACGGUGGAGGACAAGCCUGAGACCGACUUCUUCGGGCGCCCCGUUCGGCGCCAGCGGGUGGCCCUGGCCCCAGUCCCUCAGGCCUCAGAGGAAGGGUCGAUCGAGAGCCAGAUGGGAAAGGCCGUGGGGAAGAGCGACGUCUGGUUCCGCUUCAACGAGGGGGUUUCCAACGCUGUCAGGAGGAACAUCUACAUCAAGGACCUGCUCUAGCAGGUGCAGAUGACACCCAGGAAAAUUAGAAAGCUGGAACCGAAGAGAGAAGCUGGCUUUGGCUUUCUGACCUAGGGCUGGGACAUGUGUGCGUGAUCCCUGUGUGUUGUUCUUUUUUUUUAAGUACCUGCUUGUUUAAAAAAAAAUAAUAAAAAAUAUGUAUAAAAAAAUUCA